GUCCUCGAAGCGAGAGCGGUGCACGCGUUGCACUAGUCAUUGUGCGGUUGCACUUCGCACGCACGGCCGUCUGAGUGACCUAAUAGUGGCUGGAGGGAGGGACCGGGAAGCGCGGGGAGCCCCCGCCGCUCGUGCGGUAGGUCGCGCACUGCGCCGCCCGCCGCCUGCCCAGCGCGCCAGUGGAAAACUUUCUUCGCGACUUUUCCUCGCGUAAACAAAACCGCGCUAACAUUUUCGCCGCGCUCGUAAGUUCCACGGUUCCUAUUAAAUUCGCAGCCAUGUUUAAUCAAGUGCUUGAGUUUUUGUUAUUGAAUUUCCCGUACGAUUCCAAGUUCAAUGGACUGAGUGAUUUGGGAUGUUAACUACGGUUACGUGCGGGUAGCCUGCGCAUAUGGAUUUAGUGAUAAAAAGUCGGCGAGUCGGCAGCCGACACCAGCACGUCGUCGCCCGACCCCGGCCCGCCGUCCCCGCGCAUGGCCGAGGCGGGCUGCAGCACGCCGCCGCACCCGCCGCCGGUGUUCGACGGCGGCGGCUCGCCCUCCCCCUCCCCGUCGUGCCACCCCACCGUCAUCCGCUCCGCGCCGCCGUACUCAGUCAUCAAGUUCGAAGGAGCGCCCUCCGUCGUCAAGUCUGAAGCCUCCGUGGUCGGAAAGCAUGAAUCUAUGAACCCUUCUCAAUUCCCCUCAUCGGUCAAGCUCGAGAAGCCCGAGGCGACACAGGCUGAUCCUCCUCAACCCUACAGGCCGCGUCCCAUCGCGCCGUCCCCGCAGGGCACGCACCCAUCGCUGUCGCCAGGACACUGGCCGAGCGCCGCCUGCAUUAACGGUGUGAAGCCAGAACUGAUCGGUGGUCAUUUUCCGCCGCAACCCUUAGAGCCGAAAGCGGGAUCUCGAGGUUCGUCGCAAUGGCGAGGUGCGCCGGCGGUCAUCAUGGGCGAGUCGGGUGGUGUGAGAACGAUGUUUUGGACGCUGCCCGCUCCGACGACGAGUUCAGAGCCAUCAGCUAGUGCGUCUCACACGCCGACACCGCCGACCCCAGACCCGGGGACGUGCAGUGAGGAAUCGGCCGCUCGAAUGUUGCUGAAUCUCGGCGGUGAGCUGCGGAGGCCGCGAGUGACGUCACUCAACAUGGAGCUGUUGUGGGCGGGAGACGUCUCCCAACUGCCGGCGCACCAACAGAAGCACGCUUUGAAUUUAAGCGCUGCAGCGGGCAGCGUGGCUGGUGUGGCCGGCGUCCCCGGCGCGAGUCCUCUAGCCGCAAGGCAGGCUGAACUCCGGACGUAUGCUGCUGCGGCUGAACGCGAAGAAGACGAGCAGCCCAUGAUUUGUAUGAUCUGUGAGGAUAAAGCGACAGGGUUGCAUUACGGCAUCAUAACGUGUGAAGGUUGUAAGGGGUUUUUUAAAAGGACUGUACAAAACCGACGAGUUUAUACUUGUGUCGCUGACGGUGGCUGUGAAAUCACAAAAGCGCAACGGAAUCGAUGUCAGUAUUGCCGCUUCAAAAAGUGUAUAGAACAAGGAAUGGUUUUACAGGCCGUACGCGAGGACAGAAUGCCGGGAGGUCGGAAUAGCGGUGCCGUAUACAAUUUAUAUAGAGUAAAAUAUAAGAAACACAAGAAGACGAGCACUAAAGCGGCGACAACAACAAGUCGGGCGUCACCACCUGAAAAACCAAAAGACCCUUUACCACCUCUCCCACCGCACCUCGUCAACGGGACCAUAUUAAAGACUGCAUUAACGAAUCCUAGCGAGGUUGUACACCUGAGAGCAAGACUGGAAAGUGCCGUGUCAUCGUCGAGAGAUCGCGCCGUUCCUUUAGAAAGGGCGUUACAUAUGAUCGGAGCGCUAAUAGACUGUGAUGCUAUGGAAGACAUUGCCACCGUUCGACACCUACCUGAUCUCCUUCACGACACCUCUGAAAUUGGUGACAAACUGUGUAAAAUCGGUGAUUCCAUCGUACAUAAAAUGGUAGCGUGGACGAAGAAGUUGCCGUUCAUAAUGGAAAUCCCCAUGGAAAUCCAUUCGAAGCUGUUGAUGGAAAAAUGGCACGAGAUCUCAGUCUUAACGACAGCAGCUUACCAGGCGAUGCAUGGGAAGCUGGCACAUGCACCACCAUCAUCAGACCACGAACAUGAUUUCAUGCAAGAGGUAAACGCUAAUCUAAGGACACUACAGAACUGCUUAACGUCGCUAAUGGGCAGGCCGAUAACGUUGGAACAGCUUCGGUUGGACGUGGGACUUGUGGUGGAGAAAAUGACCCAGAUCACCUGCGUGUUCCGUCGUAUCCAGCUACGUAUGGAGGAAUACGUGUGCCUGAAAGUCUACAUUCUACUUAAUCAGGAAGUGGAGUUAGAGAGUAUUCAAGACAGAUACGUGCAAGUUCUCCGCAGCUAUUUGGAGCACGCCGCUCCGCACCACCCCGGGAGAUUGCAAGAGCUAUUCGCGAGAAUACCUGAGAUUCAAGCGGCGGCGAACCUGUUGCUAGAGAGUAAAAUGUUCUACGUACCGUUCGUGCUGAACUCGGCGGAGAUCAGAUAGUACAUGGCGCAGCAGGGCGUCUAGUUCUCGAUGUAUGAGCGCCAGACCCCUCGCCUCGCGCCGCGACCCCUCACAGCCCUCGUCAUCGUGACCACACCGCCCUGUGUUCUCUGCCCCAGCACUGCGCUCCUUCCCGGGCAUCGACAAUAAAAGACUAACGAGGCGGUAGCACCCUCGCUAACAGAGGCAGUUUGAGCUGUCGCCGCCGUAUGGACAUUGGACUCGUGUGAGAUACUUUACGAGUGUUCAGUGCGAAGCUAGUGCGGUAUUAUACCCUUGUUGAAUCGAUGUGUGUAUUGGCUUAUAAAUUGUUUAUUAGAGGAAAUAAAACGUCCCAAUUGACAGACUGAUUUAUAAUUAAACUUCUUAGCUAUUAUUUAAUUAGUACCAGGGACUCGGAUGCGUGUUUUAUACGUGGUAGUGUACACUACUUAGUGUUAUUGUAGAUUAAAAUAUAUAAUUAUGUUACUAUUUAAAUUCUUCAGUCGGAGAUCGCAUAAUAUAUUAUUUCUGUAAAUAUAGAAUAUAAUUUUUACUAGAUAUAGAUUGAUUAGUAGUUAGAUAAGAUGUUGUUUAUAGAAGAAUUGUAAAUGAAAUAAUUAUUACUGUUUUAGUUUGCAUUUUAUAUUGACUAGGGUUAAACCGGUAGACUUGUCGCUGGGUCUGUAAAAUGAGGAUUUUUAAUUUUGUACAGUGAGAUGUUACAAUCCCAAGUGUUUCAUUCUUAAAAGUAGGUACACGGUUUUACUUUUACCGUUUACAAACAAAAAAUCAAAAAUAACGUGAAAAUUUUAUUAUUAAUUUAAUACUAACUUACCAAGCUUAAGGCAAAAACAUAAAAGGCUUUUCAAGCGAUUCAAACUAAAUUAUGACUUAUGAGCGUACCGAUCAGACAGCAGUUAUUUUUAUUUCACAGAGCGAAAUCUAGGGAUAAUAACAUCUCACUGGUUUUUAUAUACCUAUGAAUUGUUCGUAUUAUAAGUACUAGCACUAAGUACCUACUCUCAGUGUUUACCAAGACUGCUUGUAUACAACUAUACUGUUUUUACGCUAUCGUGUUGUAGCGCGGUUUCGCGCUAAAUUCUAUAGUCACAACUUAUGCAUUUUUAUUGCCAAUAUUACGCAAGACACUUGUGCAUAUAUUGUUCUAAAUCUUACUUUACUCUGGUCUAACUAGAUUUAAGUAACCAGCAACCGUGUAGUACGUGCGUAUCGUGAAUUCUUGAACGUUUUCCGCUUCAAGAGCGUUUAUAUCACAGCCUUGGUCGGAGACGGUUCAAAGAUUUACUUAUCGUAUUAUAUUUUGCUUCCUUUGAUGUGUUCAAGUGUAAUUUAUGCUCAAUUCCAUUAAUUUUCAUCGGACGUUUGCAUGAUAUUUAAUCAUCUCUCAAGGCACACAUACUUUUUUGUCAGUCAUGGUUUCUGUUUCAAAAAAUUUUGGUGUGACGAAUUUUUCAAUAUAUUAGUGGAAGACUGCGUGGGUAUUUUUUUUAAUUAUUACUGUGAAUAACUUAUAGCCUGUGUGGUUAAAACAGAUGGACAAAAUAUAUAUUUAAAAAUUGUAUGCUACUGCUUUAGAACAUUCGUUUUAUAUUGUCAUAAAAAUUCACUGUGGUUAACAGAUGGACAAAAUAUGUAUUUAAAAAUUGUAUGCUACUGCUGUAGAACAUUCGUUUUAUAUUGUCAUAAAAAUUCAGCAUUAUUUCAUUCCUUGAACUGUUAAUAGAGACGAUUUAUAUUUUAUCAUCAACGUUAGAUAUAAUUUGUUCAAACUUGUGAUGAAAUUGGUUGAAUCAAAAUGUCAAAAAAAUAUUGUGACGUCAUAAUGUCACUAACUACUAACUAAAUAAUUAUUUUUCAAUUCUAGCAGAACGAUGGGUAAUGAACAAUUUAAGAUCAUUUAAUAAAAUGUGUCAACUAGCCUUUUGUGUUUUAUAAUUUUUGUGCAGACAUACACUGCGCGUAAAGCAAUUUUAAAAACAAACCUAGGAAUUAGUUUCUCAGGGGAAAGUUUGGUCUAUUUCUGAUGAUAGAAAAUCUUCAAUUUAAAAUCGUAAAACUUAACGAAAACACCUUUAUUUUUUAAAUAAACCAUUAUUUUGUAAUAUUGUACAUAAUACAAAAUAAUGGUUUAAAAAAAUAAUAUAUGUUUUAAACUAGUCUUGAUUUGCAUUACUGUUUGGUUUGGUUUUUUUGUACAAUUUCUGUAUAAGUGUGAAUAGUUUCAUCACAAUGCCACUGUUUGAACAAGUUGCAUCUAAUUCUAAUGUAUUCAUAAUAAUACGGUAUUCAUUUAAUUUCAAACCCAUUUCAUAUUAAUUUUCAUCUUCAUCCCUACUGACUUCGUAGUCUAGACCAAAACUUAACGUGAACUAAUUAACAUUACUCGCUAUCAUCUGGUAAGUAUCGUAUCAUCGUAAUAAACGCGUUAGUAAUAAAUCAUUGUACACAUUUAGUAUUAAAUAGAGCUAGAACUUAAGUAACCAACUGAUUUACUAACUACGUCACUGUCAGUAUCCACUGCCUACUUUAAUGUUAAAAUAUUUGAUAACAAUGAUAUUAUUAUGGCUCGUAUACACCACGCGAUUUUAAAACGCCCGAUUUACUGAACAGCGAUAAUUACAAUUAAUAAAUUUAAAAGUGCAUAGCCCUAAACAACUACUUAUCUGUUCUUUUAUACGAAUUUACAAAUACUGAAACAUCACAAAACUUUCUAUAUUAUUAUGGCUUAUGAGGAAACUGAGGUUUAAGACUAAGCUAAAGUUUUUAUAAACAUUUUUUAUAAAAAGACGGUUUUUUACUGUAAGCUCGACAAUAAUGUCGACAAUAUCAAACAAGCUGAACAUAAUUGCAAUGGACUCUGUCAUAAAUAAAAACAAUGUGUACCAUAAUGUCCAACCUUUGAUUAUUUUUGAUACAGAUUGUGAACCUAAUGUGUAUUUUAUAACAUAAACCUUACUUUCACCUCCUUAUUUGAUAAAUUGACAAUUAGUGCUCAAUAUUUCGUUUAUUGUUGUAUCGUGCAGUUCUUUAUAGAACAAGUAAUAGGUACUAUAUCGACCACGUUGUCUAAAAUUGUCCUCAAACGCCUUCUCUCUUCAAUUUAUUUGGGCAAUUAUUAUAUUUUUUUAAUAACCAACACAGCUACUUGAACAGGUUCACUUAAACAGGUGAAAAGAUUACGGUUAAAGAUUAACUAAGUGAUUAAGCUACAUCCAUUACAAGCAGAAAAAGACCGCGUGUUGUAUACAAGCUUUUAUUCGUUAAUGUUAUAACUUUAAUUAUAAAACGUUCCAACAACGGUGAACAGUUACCAUUAGAUUAGGGAUGACAAUUAAUGUCGAAUUAAAAAGAUAAGUAAUUACAACCAAAAAGUUCGUUCUAAGGACUUAGGUUCUAGGUAAUAAUUAAUCACAACUUAGAUCUAAUUCAAAUCAAUAUACACUAUGAAUAUAUUUGUACGUAUUCAGCGGCGUAGCAUUAUUCUCAAUAUUAUUCUUUGCAUCAUUUAUCAUUAUAUUAUAUGUAUGUAUCGUAUGUAUAUGUGUGUAGAUAAUAUCAAUCUCUGAUGGAACUAACCCCCUAUAACUUCAAUACACUUCGUUGCAUUACUAAUCCCCUACUGUUGAGUUGAGGACAGGCCCCCUCCCUCUUCUAAAGAAAUUUGGACGUGCACUUUAAAUUAUCUGAAUUGCCAACUGCACUUAUUUUUUUUUCUAAUUACCUACUCUUAUCAUACGCACCUAAUCUAAUAUGGCCCUAAGUAUGAAACUUUGGUAACUACAUAAUAACAAAUACCUACGUAUACAUAAUUGUUACGUGUAUGAUGUUACUUCUGCUUUGUCAAUUUGAAAUAAAUGGGGUAUAUCUCAUAUACAAAUUAAAAAAGAAAAGAAAAAUAAACAUAAUAUUUUGCAUAAAUAAUAAAAGUGCGUCGUGUGCUUGGACCUAAUCAAAGCAAUAUACAAACAUUCGUUGUUAACAAUUAUAGAAACCCACCGAAAGCAAAAUUAUAAAAUGCAUUUAAAACAGUUUAGGAACCAGUGGCAUAUUUGUGCUUAUUGCAAAAACAAAAGUACCUAAAUAUUUCCCAUAUUUCAACUUUUAUUUGUUACUACCAGAAAUGUUGACAAUAUCUUGACAGUUUUAAUUUUUUUGUAUUAUUUACAUAUAUAUAUAUAUAAAAAUAUUUAACCAUAAUGUAAAGUCGUGUUCACCAAGUUUUCACCUUUAUAAAAAUCAGUUUAAAAUCCAAAUGUAUCUCAAUAAUAUAUUUUUCUAGUCUGGAGAGUUCCUUACCUUCACGAGCUACGCCAUUGGUAAAACCGUAAUUAAGACCUUUCGGAAAUAUAAUUAUAUUUAAUGUAUUUAUCUCACCUUGCUUAUGCGUAACAUUAUAUGACAUCACUUUACAUAUUUAAGUAUACUUCUCCAGUGACUUAAACUUAUAUAUAUCUAUAAUAUUCAGCCUAACUGAAUGUAAAAAUUGUGAUACCAAUAUUUGACACAAUAUAAAAUACUACCAUCGACAGCCAUUUCUUGGUCUAUCAAAUCAAAAUAAGAAAAAAAUUAAAUGUUUGGUUAACAAUUGAAAUAUUUAUCUUUUACAAAUUCAAAAUGCGACGUCGUUAGUUAAUAUGAUUUAAUUUUUUUGAUGACCCAAAACUGGAAUCUGGUUAACAUUGAAGUUAUUAAGUCCCAAAUUGACUUGAGUUUAAGUGUUAACCGCGUCUAGGCUAAAACAUAACCGAUUGGUUCAAAGUUGCCACUGCAAAGUAAAUUAAGUGUAAACUAUUGUUGACUACAUAUAAUUUAUAGCUUAACCAAUAAAAAUUGAAUCUACGGGGUAAUGAAAUAAGAUGCAAUUCUAGACUACAAAUAAAUUACACAAAUUAAUCUUUUUUUU